GCGUGUGUAACAUCGUUUCUUCCUUUUCCAUCUCUUCCGUCUCUUGCUCGUCGCAUGUCACAACGCGCGAGAAUAAAGUAACGCCGAGAAAUAAAAAACGAGUGGACAUUUUUUUUCCAAUCAACGAACGAGAUUUAUCUUUGCGGUAAAAUUCCCGGUGUACCGAUUAGAACGGUUUGGAGAAGAGAGAGAGAGAGAGAGAGAAAAAAAAGGUGAGAUAAGGUGAGAUAAGAUGAGAGCCGAUAUCGUGCCGAUGAUGAUCUUCCGUUACCGGAUGCAUCGCCCUUACACGUUCCCGGAGAGAUCUUGAGGCGAUCGGAUGUGCAACGACGCACCAUCGCGGGGAAUAACAACGCGGGACGGACUCUGCUCCUACACCGACAGAAUUGCUGAUUUGCUAUUCGUCAAAUGCUCUCAUGAAGUCAUCACUCAACGGAGAACAUGAAGACCGAUUAUUUAUCAAUAAUCGCUAAGUUAUAUACAGCAUUGCUAAUGCUGUUUGGCCCGAUUGCGGAUGUCCACUCAUUCGAUAUACGAUCAUGCAACCAGUCCUUGGGGAUGGAAUCGGGUGACAUACCGGAUUCAGCUAUCACUGCGUCCUCAUCGUACGUGACGAACGUCGGGCCGCGCUACGGCCGACUCCGGAAGGAAGCCGCCGGCGGUGCCUGGUGUCCAAAAAGCCAAAUAGAGAAAGGGGUUCGCGAGUGGCUUCAGGUCGACUUACAGAGUGCUCAUGUCAUUACGGGUGUGCAGACGCAGGGUCGUUUCGAUCACGGUCGCGGUCAGGAAUAUGUCGAGGAUUAUACUCUAGAGUAUCGACGUCCCGGCUUCACUCAAUGGCGCCUAUAUAAGCACUGGGACAGCAAAGAGAUUUUAACCGGCAACACUGACACCUCCACCAUCGUAUCGCACAAUUUAGUUCCACCUAUCUUUGCCAGCCAAAUCCGGAUCUUGCCACACUCGGAGCACAGACGUACGGUGUGUCUCCGAAUCGAGCUUAAAGGAUGCCGCGAUGCGAGCGGCGUCGUGAGCUACACCAUACCAGAUGCUUCCAUGCCGGAACACAAUGACAGUACGUACGACGGUAAGAAGGAGAAAAACCUGCUAACCGGUGGCUUAGGCUGUCUAAUCGAUGGCGAAGUUGGCGCGGAUGAUUACAGGCUAAUCAUCGGAGAUGGACAAAGCACGGGUUGGGUUGCCUGGCUUCGUGACAUUUUCGCAGAGAACUUCGUGGAGCUCAUCUUCGAGUUUGAAACCAUAUUAGUCUUCGAAACAGUGCACAUCUAUACCAACAAUUAUUUCUCACGGGACGUGCAGGUAUUUUCGAAGGCGGAUAUAUGGUUCAGCAUCGAUGGCAAAACCUACGAAGACGAACCUGUGCUUUAUUCUUACAUACCGGAUCUCGUGCUGGAAAACGCUCGAAAUGUUUCAAUCAGUCUUCACGAAGGACGCGGCAGAUUCCUCAAGCUGCAUUUAUAUUUCGCUGCACGAUGGAUCAUAAUCAGCGAAGUGACGUUCGACGCAACGAAUCCCUACGAAAACACUACGGAAAAGGUGCCCGGCUUGAGCAACGGGGAAAGUCCAGUCAACCCCGAAGUAGGUCUCAACUCACAAACGAUUACAGCGUCAGAUGAUGGCCAAGAAUACUUGGAGAUACUGAUAGGCAUCCUCACUGCCAUUAUACUGCUGCUCUUGUUGGUCUUCUUCAUUAUCCUACUUCUCAAUCGACGACAAAAAUUGCAGAGUUCUCCGACGGUGUUGAAGAAUCCAUUUGGCUUUGCCAUAAACAUGAAGGGUCUUCUUUUGAACUUAACACCCGGCGGAAUGCUGACGGCGGAAACUGCCAAUCAUGUUUCACCUGACAUACCAGAGGACGUUAGCAUGCAUGAGUCACUUACGAUGGAGCAAUUUAACUCGCCGCUCGUUAGUCCCCAAUACAAGUCCACAUACGCGAUUGUAGCAAAUUCCGAGUUCCCAAAGGAAUUUAAAAAUAUAGAAAUUCCAGAAGAGGACGUACGACUGGACGCGAGGCCGGAGUCUGCGGUCGGCCCGUCCAGCUGCGCCUCAUCGCCGACUAACUCGCCGGCUCGUCAUUCCCAACACUACAGGACCCUUCAAAGUUAUAGCAGUCCAACUAGGAAACUCAAUAUCGCGGUUACGCCCAAUCACCAAAGAGACGUCGAUCAGGUUCACUCGAAACGCUGGCACACAGCGCCAAAGGAGAAGCACAAGAUACCGGCACCGGUCGUCAGUUGGAAUAUCGCGCCCAGUAUGAACAAGCCGUACAGAUGCAAGGAAAUAGAGCCAACCAAUAUACCACGUCAGUGCCUACGAACGACAGAGAAACUUGGCUCCAGCAAUAUAGGAGAGGCUAUAAUAUGCGAAGCUGUUGGUCUAGACGAGGUCGUAUCUGGCGCUCCCAGAUUAAUCGUUGCUCGUGUACCUUUGUGUACCAGCGAUGUUCGAACUAACAACGCCGUAGACCAAAUGAGAGAGGUGCGAUUUCUGUCGUGUUUAUCAGAUCCGAAUGUGGCACGAGUCUUAGGAGUGUGCACUGUCGAACCAGCGCCGUGGACAAUCAUGGAGUAUACGGAACUCGGCGAUCUCGCUCAUUACCUCCAGUACAGCGUACCACUCACGGGAACGCUCAGGCCAAAUUGCAAUUUAAAAGCCCUUAGUCAAAGUUGUCUGCUAUACAUGGGGACACAGAUAGCAUCCGGAAUGAGAUUUCUCGAAUCGAAGAAUCUGGUACAUAAAGACUUGGCGGCCAGAAAUUGUCUAGUGGGUCGUUCUUAUACCGUAAAAGUGACCGAUAUAGCCAUGUGCAGUGAUCUUUACAAGAAAGAUUAUAGCGACAUAGGCGGUAGACCUCCCGCACCGAUCAGAUGGUUACCGUGGGAAAGCAUUUUAUUGGAUAGAUAUACGUGUUCGAGUAGCAUAUGGUCUUUCGCCGUGACACUCUGGGAAGUGAUGAGUCUGGCUAGAGAAAAGCCCUUUCAGCAUCUGUCAAACGAUCAAGUUAUUCAGAAUGCCGAACAUAUGUAUUACGGAGCGGAACUACAAGUACUUCUACCGAAACCAACAAUGUGUCCAGAAGAAGUAUAUCAAAUGAUGUGUUCAUGUUGGAGAAGAGAUGAGACAUCACGACCAACCUUCAAGGAUAUCUAUACGUUUCUGAAGAACAUAAUAGCGGACUAUCGACCUGUAUAAGUAAUCUCGAUUAACUGUGAUAUGGAAUGGACAGAUAAUCUCUUCCAAUGUGAACGACAUCGAGAAUAUUUCGAGUGGGACAUUGAAACAGAAGACAUUAUUCAAGAUCAUUACACGCUUGGCAUGACGCCUUGCGAAUCAGAUUCUCCAGAAAUGUACAAUCGUUAGUUUUAGAUAUACGUGUAUCGGAGACGCUAAAUGUCUCCUUCUUCGCGCAAAGAAAUUUGAUUAAUAAAAAAUCUCAUCACGAGCGCAACUCUAGCGACGAUCGAUGAUCUCCCGCAGACCGUUAAUCGCUCGUAAUCUUCUGUCCAGAUGAAAGUAACGAUAACGGACGUCGUAAUCAGAGCGAAUGCCAAACGAGCAAACGAGGAGAGAUGUAUAAUUAUACAUAAGUGUCACGUUUGUUUUCUUCAGACACUUGAGACCGAUAAUUUUGCUCUUCGAUUCGAGUGGAUAAUCGCGUCACUUUUGUCUGGACGUCUAAUGAAAUUUCAUUUUCUAGUCAGUAUGAAUCUUUAAUUCUCACGAAAGUGCUAUCGUGUACAGUAUUCUAACAUUAAUAAUGUGUAAUAUGUACCUACGCUACUAUGCUCAGUACUGAUAAAGUCUAUCCAUUUGUACAUACAAAUCUAGAUCUUAAUGCUAGGUAAAACGGGGAAAUUUUUACGGCAGUAGAUGUCACGACGGCUAUUUUCUUUUUCCUUUCCUUUUAUCCAUUCUUUACACUCUGUUACGCUUAACUCUUCGACAUUCUUAAAUGAUUAGCGGAAAUGGCGUUAGCGUAAUUUAAUUCGCAACUUUAAUCAAUUUCAUUCGCAAAUACGGUGAGUUAAUGGUAAGUGUAAAAAGUAUUAGCGAUAUUUGGGAAAAAAAUUAGAUGUUUAGUCGAUUAAAAAAUAUAGGCGUGAGGUAAUUUUGUUAGAACCUACCGUCUUACUACGCCCUAAAAAUUUCGGCUUAGUCAACUUGUACAUUCGAAGCCCGUCAGUAGUAAGUACUUAUUGUUCCAUCAUUUAUUUAAGUUUGACCUGUACUAUGUUAAAAGAUGUAGGUUUAAAGUAUGUUCUUCCCGAGGACGUAAUACAAACACAUAUCUUCGCUCAUUUUUAUUUAAGAACAAAAGAAUGCUAAGAACAUCUAGCAGCAAAUAUCAUGCUUUGAAAAAUCAAUAAAAAUUAAACGCCAUACAUUUGUUGGAAUUUCAUAUUGUCGUACGGACGCUUGAGCGUAUCGACGAUUGCAAAAUGAAAAUCUUAUCACAUUAUCUUUAUUUGGUGGCUAAAGAAUACUCGAAUUUAUUAUUUAUGGAUAGAAUUAUAGCAUCUAUUAUAAUCUCUUAUCGUAUAUUUUCCAAGUCGCAAUUGAUUUGCAUAUUGUCAUUUUAAAGUAUGUGCAUAACUCGAAUAAUUAUGAAAUGUGUGCAGCUUGUUAUU